AUGGGAGACUCCGAAAGCGAAUAUGGCUACACAAAAGAGGCUGAUAAUGCUGGGCACGAGCAUAUGCUGCACACUCGCGACUUUUUUCGUCAUCCCACGUGUAACCUCCUGGCCCAUCAUGAGCAUCGCUCUAUUUUAUUCGCCGCUCAUUCACAAUGGACAUCCAAGGAAGCGGAAAAGUUGUGUGCUGCUAUCCAAUUCUACGGGAAAUUUGUUCAUACUGUCACGCUUGACUCCUCUAUAGCAGAGCUAUGUGUCGGAGGCCAAAGCACAACAGACAUCGGUUCAUGGUUUACGUUUCAAGUUGCUGCAGGUGGUACCGACCCUACGCCUCCAAUUGAUGGGAUUGAGUUGCCCGGUUGGCUACAGAGUGAAGCAAAGUUCAAUCAAAGCACAUAUCGUUGUCAAUCAGUGACCGACCUGCCGGAGUGGAAUCCAAGAACGCAUCGAAUCCCGCUUGGUCCACUGUUUCCAAACGCGAAAGAGAUCACUUUCCGUUGUACUCUUCCCCAAUUACGACGGAUGCGUCGUCUUGCUGUCUACCAUAUUCCGGCGACACUGAUUUUCUCACCAGAACAGCUUCAGGUCUUUCGACUGUCAAUCAUCGGCAGUAGGAAUAAAGCUCCAUCCUCACUGAAGCUCCGCCCAUUCUUUGAAUGGCUUGAUGCUGAUCAACUCGGAAACAAAUUGUGUAUGCAAUUCUGCUGA